AUGUCAAGGCGAAAUGGGAAAAAGAAGGUACUGAGUCUAUGGAGAGGUUACCUGGUUAUAAACAAGCAACCUGCCAGGGUGGAGAGCACUUUCAGCUACCUGGAGAUAUGUUCCAUCAACAUUCAAAGUCUCACACAGAUUGUGUUGGAGACAGACAGGCAGACUCUGUCUUUCAGUGUGUUACAUGUUGAAGAUCUUGAGGCCAUGGUCAGUCACAUGACUGCUUCACUGAAGAGGAUCUUCCCUGAUUCGUCUCCAGGAAAGCUGUUAAAGACAAUUCCUCCAGAUCUCCAGCAAAGACUCCUCACACUGACUGGUGUAAUAGAAGAGCAGCUGAAUAGUCAGCCUGGCCCCUGUGGAGGAUUCUCUGAUACCUAUGCUGCUCUGUGUGAUUUCAAUGAGAUGACAUUUAGAGAGGAGAUUCAGUGGGAUGUUGACAACAUCUACUACAUCAACAAGUGUAGACAUUUCAACCUGCAGGACUUCAGCCACUUAGACAGCAGGGACUUGGCAUUAACAGUUGCAGCUCUGUCUUUCAACCAGUGGUUUACCAAGAUCUACUGCAAAGAACUCAAACUGGUAACCACCAUAGCAACCAGAAAGCUCGCAGAUAAACAGAGUGCGUACCUCACAAGGUGGCACUCCCAACAUGCAACACGACGUGACGGUCUCCUGGAUGUAGACUGGGAGCAGCAGACCAGGGACAGAGGAGCAGAGAGAGAAAGGGGAGGAGGUGCUGGAGAAGAAGGAGGAGGAGGAAGGUGUGGCCUCCUUUGGUUGCCAUCAGCAAUACCCCUGACAGUCACAGCCUCAAAUCCCUCCCCUUCCACUUCCCCGUCCCCCUCCCCCCCAGGACGGAGGCGGAGGGAGGGGGAGGAUUGCAUGCAUGCUGCAGCAGUAAUACCAGAAGCAAGAAGAGCAUCGCUCAUUCCUCCUCCCAGACUCCCCAUCCUUUACUCCACUUCCGCUCGAGCUCCAGAGGAGGAGGCUGCUGGCUGCGGAGGCUUACCCAGACGGAAGGCUCCCUUCUCUGGCUACGGCCCCAGCCCAGGCCCCGUCCCCGGCUCUGGAUCCCCCGCUUCUCCCAUGGAGCCUCUACCCACCCAGGGACAGACUCUAAGGCACUACACCGCCUCCCGACCACGGCCGCGACGCACACACACACAGCCCCCCUCCCCCAGGCCUCAGGAGCCAGAUUCAAAGGUAGACAUUGAGACCAGUGAGGGGAUGGGCAGAGUGGAUGAAGGAGUAGAGGAGUUCUUCACCAAGAAAAUCAUCCCUGACUAUGCACUAAAAGGCCAGUGGGAGGAGUCAAACCCUGCCCAAGCCACUCCCUCAGAGUCAAGCUUCACCCCCUCAGCCUCAACCCCCUUUUCCUCUUCAUCUGACAAUAUCACAUCCUCUACCACCACCGUCACCUCUCUCUCUGUCUCAUCUACUGAUACAUCCUUUACUACCACUGAUGUUGCACCCCUCUCUACUUCCUCUACUCCCCCCACCCCUUCUUCUGUCACCACCACUACCACGCUUCCCACCAAAAACAUCAAGAAAAAGUUUGGCGACUUCUUUGCCUUCAAGAGGGCUCGAGCCAGCAGAGCUGCCAAGGCAGGAGGGGGAGAGGGAGGAGGAGGAGGAGGAGGAGAGGGGGUGAAGGUUAAAAGGACCUCCAUUGCAGACCUCAUUCGACCCCUCCGUGAGGCCAAAGAAAGGGAGAGAGAGAGGGACAGGGACAAGGAGAGAGAGAAGGGGAGAGGGGCAAGAUCAGUGGAGGAUGUUAACGUUUGUAAUGAUGCUGCCACCACAGAAGGAACCGUUGCCACCAGCCACCAUCUUGCAGACGAUGCGAGAGGAACGAUGGGACCUGCCAAGACAUUAACCACGGUGAUGCCUCCCAGUGAGACAGCUCCCUCUUACCCCACUAUUGCCACAAGCCCUGACCUCACUACUGCUAUGCUUUCCAACCUGGAAGAAGAGGAACUUCCGGUCUUGCCAGGUCGCAUCCCAAGUCCUGUGGUCACCUCCCAUCUAACUGAGCAGUUGGGAGGGACUCCAUUAGGAGAGAGGAGACUCAAUGUGACCAAGAGGUCUUUAAGGGAGGGCAAGAGCCAGAGUCUCAUUCUGCUUACGGGAUUAGAGCCUGAAGACAAGGAUGACACACACAGUAAGAAACAUGCAUCUGAGAGCACAUCUAAUUUUGAACAGAGGAUUCAGGUGAUGCUGCACAGAAUGGGCGUGGCCAAAACUCCACCUUCCACCAAGAUGAGCCAGAAUAAAGACGAGGAGUUGAGAAAGGCCAAUUCUGAAGGUGCUAUCCUGGACAAACCUGAACCACCUCCCACAUACAUGAAGCCCAGAACCAUGUCCACUUCAUCAGCAGAUCCCAGGCAUCCUAUGAGAGCACAGGACACCAUCCCACUGGAUCCUCUCCUUCAUCCGAAGCCAGCCCUCCCCGAGCGCCCUAUUGGCUCCCUGCCACCCAAACCUGCUGUCGCAGCCAAGCCCCCCCUCCCUACCCCGGUUGCUCCUGCAGGAGGUGGAGCUCAUCCCUCCUCUGCGCCUCCUUCUAGCAACCCAGCAGAGAGAGUCAAGCUCAGAGCACACACUCAUGAUUGCAAGCCAGGAGAGGCUCCAGCACAGAAUGGACGCCAGGAGGGUCCCCGGUGUGCAGCCAUAGCACUGUCUCCCAGGAAAGAGCUGCUUCAUCCAGCCCCAUCUCCAUGGAGGGGUCCCAGCAUACAGGAUCGCUCUGAGAAAGCACAAUCAGUGACCGAAGAGAGUCUUCCUAAGCCACGCCAACACAUGAAGCCCCUGCCACAGCGCAGAGCUGUGUCUGUCCACGAGGACGCUUUGGCCAUGACACAAGAGCUGAAGGCAGUGUUACAGAGGUCGCCCAUCCGUUUCCGUGGCAACAGAGGGGACCUGCCCACCUGCAUUGAAUAUCCAUCUAGUGGGGAGAAAGCACAAAGAGCCGUGGCCAGUGACACAGGGAAACAGACAGCUGAAGAAAAGAAGGAGGCUGUCCAGAAGGAGGAACUGAAGGCAGAGGGACAAAGGACUGGCUGUGGAGGGAUGGUAGCUGACUCCAUGCACCCCCCUCCGGGGCAGGAGGAAUCCCCAUACUCUGGGUGUCCCUCCUCUGCAGCUCAGGCUCAACAAGAAGCAUCAGCACCCCAACUCUUCAGUCCAGCAGCAGCCCUCAACAAAGCUCCGUCCAUCCUGGAAAGGCCUCCAGCUCUGACUGAAACCAUGGAAAAACCUCCUUUAACCCCCAAAUCCCAGAAAAAGAGCCCCAGCACAGCCCCAGCAUUGCCCCAACCUCUAGAAAAUCUGCUGGUAUCCCCUCCACCCCAAGAAAAGACCCCCAGCACAAUUCCAGCUGCAUCUGAAUCCCUGGAAACCCCCCAAGUACAAUCUUUGUCCCACAAGGAGGGCAGCCCUGGCACAUUAACAGCCACAGUGGAUCUGAGAAACAGCACACAGGAGAGAGGAGAAACGGGCUCUCAACAGCACACAAUGAGGGUAGAGCCAGCAGACCAAAGAACUGAGCCCCCUCUUACCUGAGACACACCUGGGAGAGACAGGAGGGUAGGGUCUGUGACAUCACUGAGAUCAGGAAUUGGGAGUAGAUGAAUGUUGUACCCUCCUGUAGAAAACAGCUGCCGUGUCCCAUGUCAGGGAUGUUCUCUUUGAAAGCCUGAGAGCCAAAUGUAACUUAGUACAUUUGCACAGGGUUGGUGCAUAUUUUUAUUGCUAGUUUAGAGCUAACGUCUGUGUAGUUGGUAUUGAUUGUUUGAGGUGAAUAAGCACAAACUGCAAUAAUGGUCCAGUGAUCAGAUUCAUGCAAAUAACGUACCCAGGACAAACUUCAUCUGUUAGCCAGAGGGCAACAUAAUGAAAAUAAACUUGAUUUGUUUUACUUUACUUUAACACUUUGUUUUUAAAUGAGUUGAUGAGGAGUGCCUCUUCACACCAUCUGUUUUAGUUUGUGUGAGCCCCAAACAGCAAAUGUACAGAUGUUAGCUAUAGCUAGUUUGGAAAUAAGCACUGGCUGUGUGUCUGUGUGCGUUGGCAGCUCGUCCUCUGACUGAUGUCAAAAAUGACCAAGAACAUCAUGUUGUUCUGUUUUGCUCACCGUUUAAUUUUUGUUAAAACUUUAAACAUGUUUAAACUUUUACAUUUAACUCUCGGCCUCAGUUUGCACCAUCCAAGGGAAAUCUGCACCCACUUGGCAUCUUUGCAUUGAGUAAUAUGCAACCAUGCCGCUUCUAAAGUUCACUCUGCCUUCAUUCUGAACACACUGAGGCUGAGACUGAGGCCGAGUCUGAAAUGGGACAAAGCUAGCAUCAGCUGGGUGGUUGUGAAAUCUUUAUUGUACACACAAAUGGCUCAUGGCUCAUGCUUGUGAGUGUAGUUCAUCAACACGUUGUGACACAUCAUGUCAAAGACACAUUUGCAUCACCUGCUCAUACGUACAUGUUAUUAUGAUUUGAUAAAGGGUUUUCAAGGCCCAUGAUGUAGUUUAUGGCCAGAAAAUUCUAAUCUUUUUUACUUUGCUGUCUCCUUCCAAAAGAUGACAAGGUUUUAGGAAAAAUGCCUCUUUAACUACAUUGACAAUUUUAUUGUGGCUUAGAUUUAAGUGAUUCAUUUACGUAAAGACACAUUAAGCUCAUUUGCUCCCAUUCAUUUUUUAAUUGGGGAUUCUUGGUAAAUGUUUAAAUCCUAAUCAAUCAAACUUUGAUUGCAUGAUGUUUUAAUCUUUUUAUCCACUCUUAAUCCUCUGUUUAUAUUUUUGUCAUUAGCCUGAUAUUCAGAUUGAGUUGCCAGUCUGACACUGGCCUCUGUUAGUUGUUUGGGAGGUAGGUUUUUAGCCCCAAAUCAAUUCCUGUGAGAUCUAUCAACUCAGUGUCAAGACAGGCUUGACUGAAAGUGUUCAUGUCAAACAAAAUAAUUUGUUUCAUGUCAAGCAUGUUCAUUUAACUAGUUACCAUUACUACAGUGGUCCUGCAGUUUACAUCAGAAACUUGUUAGAAACUUGUCUUUCCAACAGGGAAAGAUCAAUCAGGGGAACAGCAGCAGACCACUCACUCAGCAGAAUUAUAAAUGUGGGCGGCAAGUUGGAGGUUUGGAAACGGGCUAAGAUUAAGCUACAGUACAUAAAUCUUAAAUUUUUGCCUUAAUUUGAUGUUUCUAGAGGUGGUUCCCAACAUCUUAAAAAACAUUUACAAUUAAACAAAAUAGUUUUUUUCUUUCUGGUUAUUUUCUUAUAGUUUUUUUUACAUUGAAAAUGAUGUCAAAUUGUUUUCCUUUCUUUUUCUAACAAGUCCAAUCCCAUCAAUGUGGGAAAAUGUCCCUUUCUAUUUCUAUUGCUUGUUAAGAUGUUCUCAUGUAAAGCCUUUUAGAAUCUUCAGAUUAAUGCAUGGGACACUAAAGCGAUACAUGUUUCUGCAUAUUUCUGUGGAAUCACAGAAUUCAAAUCAAUUCAGGUUCAGUCAUUCCAUUUGACAAUCAUGUAUAAUUAUGCGUAAUUACCAUAUCCAUCAUAUCACAGGAGGACCAGAUACGAUCCCUAUAAAAGACCAGUAUAUGAUCAGAUAUUGUUUGAGAUGACAACAUGAGUGUUAAGUCUCUCAAACUCUCAGGGUGGUUGUGGGGAAUGGUGUGUUUUUGGAAGUUCAGUUCCUUGUGCUGUCAGCGACCUGAACCUCCAUCUCAUGCUGAGGGAGAAUUUAUUUUCUACCUUCAUGUUUAUAUUUGCCUUGCACGCACAGAAUAUGUACAAAUGACAUAACACAAACAAAAACAAAGUUAUGAACAGAGUGUAAAUCCAUACCUAUACUUGUUAAUGAUUAUUAAAAUUAUGAGUUGUGUCA